AUGAACACCAAAUCCUUCGCCACCUACCCCAUCCUCUCCUUCCCCAUCACCACCCUCCUCCUAACCCUCUUCUUCAUCUUCCUCCUCUACAUCCCCCGCCUCCUCUACCUCUAUCUCCGAACCCGCAUUUUCCGUUUCUGGAAACGCAACAUGGCAAAGCGGAUAUCUCAUUUCGAGGCCCUUGAUCUCGCGCGUUCGGCGCAGGGUUUGGAGGAGGGGGAAAUGAAUGGGAAUAGGGAUGGAAAAGAUACAAAGAGAAAAUCAAAACGAAGAUGGGACUGGGAUUUGGAGAAAGGAGAAGCAGAAGCGAAAGAAGAAGAAGAAAAUGAAUGGGUGACGAAGGGAGAGAUGGCGAAGGAGUGGGUUUGUGAAGGAGAGGAGAAGAGGGAGGGAAGGAGGCUGGGACUGGUGGGGAAUGGGAGGAGAGUGGCGGAGGAGACUAGGUGGUUGCAUUGUGUGGGGAGGGAUGGGGGUGAGGGGGAGGAGGGGAGGGAGUUUGGGGGUGGAGAUAGGGAGGAUGAGAACGAGAAGAAGAGGGAGAAGGAGGUGUGGUGUGAGAUUCGGAUGGAUAAGGAGAUUGGGGUUUGUGUUCAGUGA